UGGGAUCAUACAGCAUUAGCAUAAGUGUUUUUUCAUGGAAAAGGACCCAUUCAAAAAAUAUAGAAGUGAAAUUUUGUUCUUUGGUGGACAACAAGGAAAUUUGCCUUCCAGUUAUAGCACUCUUUGAACACGCGUGAGGACCGUGAACAUUUUAGCGUGAAGCGUGAAAGGCAUUGUGUUUGUGACUUCGUGUAUUCUUUUAAAACAAUGCUUAGAGAUUGAAUUAAGCAUGGACAUUACAAAGCAAAGGUUGCGGGGCAUAGAAAAUCGUCUUCUAUCUUCUGUUUAUUGUGCUGAUGGGAAAAUGAGUCCGCCAUCAGCUGAUUACUCCGUAACCAAAUCCAACCCUGAUAUAUUGAAGAAAGUUUUUCUUAAGUAUGCCACAGUUGAGACAGAUGGAGAACGUUACAUGACACCAGAAGAUUUUAUCAGGACAUUUUUAGGAAUGCAGAAGGAUGAUAAUUAUGAUGUAGAAACAUUGAAAUUAUUGUCUGGUGUUGUUGAUCAAACUAAAGAUGGACUCAUAUCAUUCAGUGAAUUGCUUGCAUUUGAGUCACUUCUUUGCUCUGCUGAUGCCCAGUAUCGUAUUGCCUUUCAACUUUUUGAUUUGGAUGGUAAAGGUUCUGUUAGUUUUGAUGAAUUUUCUCGCGUGAUAAAGAAAACCAGGCAAAACGAGAAGUUUCCAUUUAAUUUCGAUUCGCCGUUCAUCACGAGUUUUUUUGGUGAUGACAGACAAACUAAAGUUCCUUACAGUGAAUUUACACAAAUGUUGGAGGAAUAUCAAACUGAACACAUAAAACAAGCGUUUGAUCAAUGCAAACAGAACAAUGAAACUAUUACUGCGAAGGAUUUCAGUGACAUAAUGAAAACAUGUCGUCCACAUGUUUUGUCCCGUUAUGUUCAAGAACACUUGCUCACGGUUGCUGGUGGAAUGACUAGUCAUCUAGUAACGUAUGCUUAUUGUCAAGCAUUUAAUGAUCUCUUAAAAAACAUCAAAGUGAUACAAUACCUUUUUGAGAAAGCUGUUGGAGGAGACCGACAGAGAGAUAUGACAAAAGAGGAAUUUACAAAAGUGGCUCGGAGACAUUUUUUGAUAAAUCCGUUGCAAAUCGACAUUUUGUUUCAUUUAUGUGGCUUAAGACAUGGAACUGGCCGUAUAUCUUUGAUUGAUUUGGAUCAUAUAAUGCCAAAACACGAUGUUUUUAAAGUGUAUUCGGCAGAUUAUGAUAAGCUUUCUUCAAACUCAUAUUCUCCUCGUUAUGGUAUUGAAAAAGAGGGUCACAGGCCAAUUUAUCUACAAGCCUUAGAACAUUUGUAUCGCUUUUUCGUUGGUGGAAUUGGUGGAGCGGCUGGAGUGACGGCUGUUUAUCCAAUUGAUUUGGUAAAAACAAGAAUGCAAAACCAGCGAGGUGUUAGUGCAGAGGAAAAAUUGUAUAAGAAUAGUUUUGAUUGCUUUUUCAAAGUAAUCCGUAAUGAAGGAUUUCGUGGCUUGUACCGAGGUAUUAUCCCACAGUUGAUUGGGGUUUCUCCAGAAAAAGCAAUUAAAUUAUCGACAAAUGAUUUUGUACGAGAUCGGUUAAAAACUGAGGAUGGCUUUAUUAGUUUCAGUGCAGAAAUCAUUUCUGGUGGAUGUGCUGGUGCUUCCCAAGUUGUCUUCACAAAUCCAAUAGAGAUUGUCAAGAUUCGUCUGCAAGUUGCAGGUGAAAUCGGUCAAAAAGUCAGCGCUAUUUCAGUAAUUAGAGAACUCGGUUUUCGAGGAAUAUACAAGGGCGCAAGAGCUUGUUUUCUUCGAGAUAUCCCAUUUUCAGCCAUUUACUUUCCGGCAUAUGCUCACUUGAAAAAAAAUUUCUCCGAUGAAAAUGGCUUCACAAAAUGGUACAAUCUUCUUAUGGCUGCUGCUCUUGCUGGUUGUCCUGCUGCAUUUUUUUGUACACCAUUUGAUGUUAUUAAAACAAGACUUCAGGUAAAAGCACGCCAAGGACAGGAGUCAUACCGAGGAGUUUUCGAUGCUGCAUCUAAAAUUUGGCGUCAGGAAGGAGGAAAAGCAUUUUGGAAAGGAGGACCAGCUCGAGUUUUCCGAUCAUCGCCUCAAUUUGGCGUAACGUUAUUGACUUAUGAAAUAAUCCAGCGAUACUUCUAUUUUGAUUUUGGCGGUGCUCCUAAAACGGAAAUGAAACCAGUAAAUCCAGAUGUAUCUCUUCAUCCUGACCAUAUUGGUGGUUUGCGUUUAGCUGUUGCUUCGUUUGCUGGCAUUGAAACGAAAUUUGGUUUAUGUCUACCUGUAUUUCGGUCUCCUGGCAACAAGAAAUAAGCACAGCAUGGGCUUUUUUGUAUUUCACGUGGUUGUAGUGUGUGCUAUGUGUAGGCCAUUUUUCUCUUUUACAAAUGAGGAAAAUAUUUGGUAAACAGGUGAAAAAAACAAACUUUUGUACCUAAUUUGGGAAUUAUAAAAAAAUCGUGAACUCUUCUUGUUAAUAAUCUAUAGUUAAUAUAACCAAUCUCAAAGCAUUAAUUUUAUAAGAAUUAACGAAUCCGAGUUUAUAUCAUCAAAUACACCGGAAACAAUCAAGCAAA